GCAAGGAGAAGCCAAACCCCAGAGCAUCAAAUUCUGCCAUAUUUUAAGAAGCUGCUGCCCUCUCCAAAUAACACAGAAGGUGUUUUUUACCAUCUGAGCCUGAUGCGCUUAAGUUAUAAUAAGACAGUUUGUUUCUAGGAAGUGCAACUUAGCAGUAUUUCUAUAGAACAUGAGAACAUCCUACAACGUUACACACGAAAGGGAAGUUUGGACAUGAAAGUGUGCAGCGGGCAGAAAAAGCACUAGAAUCCGUUCUCCCAGUGUGCGGCAUCAUGAAGCUCUCAAUGCGCUUCAGCGUCCCUCUGUGGACUCUUCUGGUCUUCAGCGCCUUCCUCAAGAGCUCCCAAGCACAAAAUAUCUCGAAUUGUGCAACAGGAACCUUAAAUAUAACAACCACCACAACAACAGCAGAUGUCACCUUUCAACUUGACCCAAACUGCAGCUUAACAGUUGGCAGUAAUAUGUCUGAAAAUAGUUUAAUAACUGGUCUGACUCCUGGAGCUGUCUAUCACAUUGUCUUAAACUGUUCAGGCUCCUGCAAUGUGUCAAACAUCACAACAAAGCCAGAAACGGUCAGUUUAACAGUCACUAAUAUCACAACAUCCUCUAUGUUUGUGAGCUGGACUAAACCAGUGGGAAGCAGCUCCUUCUAUAAAGUACAGUGGACAGUUGGAGGAACGAACUUCUCUGUAAAUGUCAAUGUGACAAGUUAUACUAUUACUAACCUGACUGCUGGUGUCCAGUAUGAAAUAACUGUCACUGCAGUGGCAGAUGAUAAUUAUACUGAAGGACAGAGUGCUACUGUCACCAUCUAUACAAAACCCGAGAAAGUGAAUGAUCUUAAUGUCAGUGAAAUCAGGACAUCCUCUAUAUUUCUGAACUGGACUGAGCCACAGGGUCAAAGGUCUUUCUAUAGAGUAGAGUGGACAGAUGGAACAAUAAACAUGAAUAAGACUGUGACUGAAACUAAAGUAAAUGUCACUGAGCUGACUCCUGGAGCGAACUACACUUUCACUGUCAUAGCAGUGGCUGGAGAUAACAAUACACAAAGUGACGUAGCAACACUUUCUCAAUACACAAAACCCGAGAAAGUGAAUGAUCUUAAUGUCAGUGAAAUCAGGACAUCCUCUAUAUUUCUGAACUGGACUGAGCCACAGGGUCAAAGGUCUUUCUAUAGAGUAGAGUGGACAGAUGGAACAAUAAACAUGAAUAAGACUGUGACUGAAACUAAAGUAAAUGUCACUGAGCUGACUCCUGGAGUGAACUACACUUUCACUGUCAUAGCAGUGGCUGGAGAUAACAGUACACAAAGUGACGUAGCAACACUUUCUCAAUACACAAAGCCUGAAGUAGUCACGAGUCUCUCUGCUGUUAACGUCACAACAUCGUCUGUUUUUGUGAGCUGGACUAAACCAGUGGGAAACAGCUCCUUCUAUAAAGUACAGUGGACAAACUUCUCUGUAAAUGUCAAUGUGACAAGUUAUACUAUUACUAACCUGACUGCUGGUGUCCAGUAUGAAAUAACUGUCACUGCAGUGGCAGAUGAUAAUUAUACUGAAGGACAGAAUGCUACGGUCACCAUCUACACAAAACCUGAAAAAGUGAAUGAUCUUACUGUCAGUGAAAUCAGGACAUCCUCUAUAUUUCUGAACUGGACUGAGCCACAGGGUCAAAGGUCUUUCUAUAGAGUAGAGUGGACAGAUGGAACAAUAAACAUGAAUAAGACUGUGACUGAAACUAAAGUAAAUGUCACUGAGCUGACUCCUGGAGUGAACUACACUUUCACUGUCAUAGCAGUGGCUGGAGAUAACAAUACUCAAAGUGACGUAGCAACACUUUCUCAAUACACAAAGUCUGAAGUAGUCAUGAGGCUCUCUACUGUUAACGUCACAACAUCGUCAAUUUUUGUGAGCUGGACUAAACCAGUGGGAAACAGCUCCUUCUAUAAAGUACAGUGGACAAACUUCUCUGUAAAUGUCAAUGUGACAAGUUAUACUAUUACUAACCUGACUGCUGGUGUCCAGUAUGAAAUAACUGUCACUGCAGUGGCAGAUGAUAAUUGUACUGAAGGACAGAAUGCUACGGUCACCAUCUACACAAAACCCGAGAAAGUGAAUGAUCUUAAUGUCAGUGAAAUCAGGACAUCCUCUAUAUUUCUGAACUGGACUGAGCCACAGGGUCAAAGGUCUUUCUAUAGAGUAGAGUGGACAGAUGGAACAAUAAACAUGAAUAAGACUGUGACUGAAACUAAAGUAAAUGUCACUGAGCUGACUCCUGGAGUGAACUACACUUUCACUGUCAUAGCAGUGGCUGGAGAUAACAAUACACAAAGUGACGUAGCAACACUUUCUCAAUACACAAAGCCUGAAGUAGUCACGAGUCUCUCUGCUGUCAACGUCACAACAUCGUCUGUUUUUGUGAGCUGGACUAAACCAGUGGGAAACAGCUCCUUCUAUAAAGUACAGUGGACAGUUGGAGGAACAAGUGCCUCUGUAACUGUCAGUGACACAUUUAAGAACAUUAUUAACCUGACUGCUGGUGUCCAGUAUGAAAUAAAUGUCACUGCAGUGGCUGGUGAUGGUUCUACUAAAGGACAGAGUGCUACUGUCACCAACUACACAAAACCUGAAAAAGUGAAUGAUCUUACUGUCAGUGAAAUCAGGACAUCCUCUAUAUUUCUGAACUGGACUGAGCCACAGGGUCAAAGGUCUUUCUAUAGAGUAGAGUGGACAGAUGGAACAAUAAACAUGAAUAAGACUGUGACUGAAACUAAAGUAAAUGUCACUGAGCUGACUCCUGGAGCGAACUACACUUUCACUGUCAUAGCAGUGGCUGGAGAUAACAAUACACAAAGUGACGUAGCAACACUUUCUCAAUACACAAAGCCUGAAGUAGUCACGAGUCUCUCUGCUGUCAACGUCACAACAUCGUCUGUUUUUGUGAGCUGGACUAAACCAGUGGGAAGCAGCUCCUUCUAUAAAGUACAGUGGACAAACUUCUCUGUAAAUGUCAGUGACACGUUUAAGAGCAUUACUAACCUGACUGCUGGUGUCCAGUAUGAAAUAACUGUCACUGCAGUGGCAGAUGAUAAUUGUACUGAAGGACAGAAUGCUACGGUCACCAUCUACACAAAACCUGAAAAAGUGAAUGAUCUUACUGUCAGUGAAAUCAGGACAUCCUCUAUAUUUCUGAACUGGACUGAGCCACAGGGUCAAAGGUCUUUCUAUAGAGUAGAGUGGACAGAUGGAACAAUAAACAUGAAUAAGACUGUGACUGAAACUAAAGUAAAUGUCACUGAGCUGACUCCUGGAGCGAACUACACUUUCACUGUCAUAGCAGUGGCUGGAGAUAACAAUACACAAAGUGACGUAGCAACACUUUCUCAAUACACAAAGCCUGAAGUAGUCACGAGUCUCUCUGCUGUCAACGUCACAACAUCGUCUGUUUUUGUGAGCUGGACUAAACCAGUGGGAAGCAGCUCCUUCUAUAUAGUACAGUGGACAAACUUCUCUGUAAAUGUCAGUGACACGUUUAAGAGCAUUACUAACCUGACUGCUGGUGUCCAGUAUGAAAUAACUGUCACUGCAGUGGCAGAUGAUAAUUGUACUGAAGGACAGAAUGCUACGGUCACCAUCUACACAAAACCUGAAAAAGUGAAUGAUCUUACUGUCAGUGAAAUCAGGACAUCCUCUAUAUUUCUGAACUGGACUGAGCCACAGGGUCAAAGGUCUUUCUAUAGAGUAGAGUGGACAGAUGGAACAAUAAACAUGAAUAAGACUGUGACUGAAACUAAAGUAAAUGUCACUGAGCUGACUCCUGGAGCGAACUACACUUUCACUGUCAUAGCAGUGGCUGGAGAUAACAAUACACAAAGUGACGUAGCAACACUUUCUCAAUACACAAAGCCUGAAGUAGUCACGAGUCUCUCUGCUGUCAACGUCACAACAUCGUCUGUUUUUGUGAGCUGGACUAAACCAGUGGGAAGCAGCUCCUUCUAUAUAGUACAGUGGACAAACUUCUCUGUAAAUGUCAGUGACACGUUUAAGAGCAUUACUAACCUGACUGCUGGUGUCCAGUAUGAAAUAACUGUCACUGCAGUGGCUGGUGAUGGUUCUACUGAAGGACAGAGUGCUACUGUCACCAACUACACAAAACCUGAAAAAGUGAAUGAUCUUACUGUCAGUGAAAUCAGGACGUCCUCUAUAUUUCUGAACUGGACUGAGCCACAGGGUCAAAGGUCUUUCUAUAGAGUAGAGUGGACAGAUGGAACAAUAAACAUGAAUAAGACUGUGACUGAAACUAAAGUAAAUGUCACUGAGCUGACUCCUGGAGCGAACUACACUUUCACUGUCAUAGCAGUGGCUGGAGAUAACAAUACUCAAAGUGACGUAGCAACACUUUCUCAAUACACAAAGCCUGAAGUAGUCACGAGUCUCUCUGCUGUCAACGUCACAACAUCGUCUGUUUUUGUGAGCUGGACUAAACCAGUGGGAAGCAGCUCCUUCUAUAAAGUACAGUGGACAGUUGGAGGAACAAGUGCCUCUGUAACUGUCAGUGACACAUUUAAGAACAUUAUUAACCUGACUGCUGGUGUCCAGUAUGAAAUAACUGUCACUGCAGUGGCUGGUGAUGGUUCUACUGAAGGACAGAGUGCUACUGUCACCAACUACACAAAACCCGAGAAAGUGAAUGAUCUUACUGUCAGUGAAAUCAGGACGUCCUCUAUAUUUCUAAACUGGACUGAGCCACAGGGUCAAAGGUCUUUCUAUAGAGUAGAGUGGACAGAUGGAACAAUAAACAUGAAUAAGACUGUGACUGAAACUAAAGUAAAUGUCACUGAGCUGACUCCUGGAGUGAACUACACUUUCACUGUCAUAGCAGUGGCUGGAGAUAACAAUACACAAAGUGACGUAGCAACACUUUCUCAAUACACAAAGCCUGAAGUAGUCACGAGUCUCUCUGCUGUUAACGUCACAACAUCGUCAAUUUUUGUGAGCUGGACUAAACCAGUGGGAAACAGCUCCUUCUAUAAAGUACAGUGGACAGUUGGAGGAACAAGUGCCUCAAUAAAUGUCAAUGAGACAUUUUAUAAUAUUAUUAACCUGACUGCUGGUGUCCAGUAUGAAAUAACUGUCACUGCAGUGGCAGAUGAUAAUUGUACUGAAGGACAGAAUGCUACGGUCACCAUCUACACAAAACCUGAAAAAGUGAAUGAUCUUACUGUCAGUGAAAUCAGGAUGUCCUCUAUAUUUCUGAACUGGACUGAGCCACAGGGUCAAAGGUCUUUCUAUAGAGUAGAGUGGACAGAUGGAACAAUAAACAUGAAUAAGACUGUGACUGAAACUAAAGUAAAUGUCACUGAGCUGACUCCUGGAGCGAACUACACUUUCACUGUCAUAGCAGUGGCUGGAGAUAACAAUACACAAAGUGACGUAGCAACACUUUCUCAAUACACAAAGCCUGAAGUAGUCACGAGUCUCUCUGCUGUCAACGUCACAACAUCGUCUGUUUUUGUGAGCUGGACUAAACCAGUGGGAAGCAGCUCCUUCUAUAUAGUACAGUGGACAGUUGGAGGAACAAGUGCCUCUGUAACUGUCAGUGACACGUUUAAGAGCAUUACUAACCUGACUGCUGGUGUCCAGUAUGAAAUAACUGUCACUGCAGUGGCUGGUGAUGGUUCUACUAAAGGACAGAGUGCUACUGUCACCAACUACACAAAACCUGAAAAAGUGAAUGAUCUUACUGUCAGUGAAAUCAGGACAUCCUCUAUAUUUCUGAACUGGACUGAGCCACAGGGUCAAAGGUCUUUCUAUAGAGUAGAGUGGACAGAUGGAACAAUAAACAUGAAUAAGACUGUGACUGAAACUAAAGUAAAUGUCACUGAGCUGACUCCUGGAGUGAACUACACUUUCACUGUCAUAGCAGUGGCUGGAGAUAACAAUACACAAAGUGACGUAGCAACACUUUCUCAAUACACAAAGCCUGAAGUAGUCACGAGUCUCUCUGCUGUUAACGUCACAACAUCGUCAAUUUUUGUGAGCUGGACUAAACCAGUGGGAAACAGCUCCUUCUUUAAAGUACAGUGGACAGUUGGAGGAACAAGUGCCUCAAUAAAUGUCAAUGAGACAUUUUAUAAUAUUAUUAACCUGACUGCUGGUGUCCAGUAUGAAAUAACUGUCACUGCAGUGGCUGGUGAUGGUUCUACUAAAGGACAGAGUGCUACUGUCACCAACUACACAAGGCCUGAAAAGCCUGGGAACAUUAGUGUUACAGAAGGAACCAACACCUUAAGCAUCAGCUGGAUUUUGCCUCGAGGAAACAUUAGUUAUUAUCAGGUCAAAAUAUCCAAUGAAAACUUAGUGUUUACAAAUUCCAGUCAAACAAUGGCCACAACAACCAGUUUUACCUAUUUAAAACCCGGGAGACUCUAUAAUAUCACAGUGACUGCUUUUGCUGGAAACUUCUGGAAUACAUCUGACCAGGUGUCAUUUGCCACUGUUCCCAAACCUCCUGGGUCCAUCAUCUUUAGUAGCCGGAGCAACUCCUCACUCCAGCUGCAGUGGGCAACACCUGAUGAAAUGAUUGGAGCUCCAGACAUCAUAUACAGUAUCACCUAUCAGGCUGUGGGUGGUCUCAGUCAAAACACAACUUCCACUCAAAAUAACACUUUGCUUUCACUCCUUGACUCUGGAACCAAUUACACUGUAACAGUAAAAACUACUGGACCUGGAAAUUUAAGCAGCACAGUUGUUCAGAAUUCUUCUUUUACCUUGCCAAACCCAGUGAGGAAUCUAAUAGUCAGCCUUGAAUCUACUACUUCACUAAAUGUGAACUGGUCAAAUCCACUGGGGGUCAAAUCGUAUUACAUAUACUUAGUUGACACUUACAAUGACACAGGAGGACUUAUUUACUCAACAAACAUCACCAAUAACAGCAUUUCUGUACCGAAUCUAAACCCAGGAACUAACUACAGUGUCACAGUCAGAACAAAAGCUGCAGAAGGAAGUGAAUCUACGGUGGAGAAGGGAUUCAGUUACACAAUGCCCAAACCUGUGACCAACAUCACAGUAGAGAGUGUGACCACGACCUCCAUCAAGCUAACGUGGUCCAGACAAAAUGAUUACAAGCCUUCCUACUCCUACCUGGUCAUAGCGAGACAGAGUGGCAGCGAGAUAAAGAAUGAUUCGACAAAGAAUGAGACGUACACCUUCUAUAAUCUGACCUCGGGAGAGCUGUACACAUUUUCUGUGUUCACAGUUAUAGCAGGGGUCAAAUCCACAGAGGAAAAUACACAGAGUUACACAAUGCCUGAAGCAGUCUCAAACAUUACAGCCGUAGGAACCACAACUAGCCUUUCAGUGAGCUGGACACUGGUGACAGGGAAGGUCUCCAGUUACAGUGUUGUGCUAAAUAGUGCUGGACAGUUAGUGAACAGCACGGAUGUAAACAAUCAAACUACAAACAUAGUCUUUGUGGACUUGACACCAGGAGUAAUUUACUGUGUCCAGUUGAUCACCAAAAGUGGACCUUUUCAGAGUAACAGUUCACCUGUCUGCGACGCAACUUUUCCCAACCCUCCUGGCUCCAUCACAGUGCAAUCUCAGACUGUUAAUUCCAUCAACUUCACCUGGGCCCUCCCACAGAACAUGAACCACAAUCAAUACAACUUUAGUGUCACCACCACUAACAACACCUUUGUGACAAAAGACAACUGGUUCCUGCUGGGAAACCUCCCAUCUGGAAGCCCCUACAAUAUCUCUGUUGUUACUGUGGGUGUGACGGGAUAUAAAAGUACAUCAGUGACAACAGUAAACUAUACCAGACCAUUUCCUGUAUCCAAUCUGACUCAGACAGAAAUAACUACAAAUGCAGUGACCUUGGUGUGGACACAGCAGGAGAGCAAAUUAAGCUACUCUUACUGGGUGCAGGUCACCAACGAGUCCAAUGUUACUGUAAACAAAUUAAAUGUGAACAUAACAAAUGCAACAAUCAGAAAUCUUCGUUCUGGGAGCAACUUCAACUUCACUGUCACUACACUGACAGCAGAUGGCACUCAGGCAGAUCCUGUGACAGUGUCUUACUUCACACGGCCAUACGGUAUUACUGAGUUGGAGGCUGAAACCAUAAACACAACUGCUAUAAAUCUGAACUGGACGAAGCCAGCUGAGUACAGGGCUGACUAUAAAUAUCGAGUUGCUACAUCAGGCUGUGCCUACAAAAACAACACCCUGGGACAAGAAACCAUACAGAUCUCAGGCCUCGACCCUGGGACCAACUGUACCUUCUGUGUUUCUGUCAUGGCAGCAAAUGGCAUUGAAGGACAAACAGUCUGCACUUCUCAGUACACGAAGCCCGAGACAGUACAGCCCACUAUCUCAGGUCAUUCGAAUAGUUCCAUCACAGUGACAUGGAUGAAACCUAAAGGAAACGUGGAGCGUUACAGUCUUUACCUAACACCUAAUACAACUAUUCAAUCCCUGAACUCUUUGAAUACAUCCUAUCAGUUUGAAAACCUGUCAGCUGGACGGGCGUACAGUGUCAUGUUAACCACAAUAAGUGGACCCUUCAAUGCGUCAUCUGAACUUGUUACUAACGCCACUCUCCCUAACCCUCCUGGGACGAUUGAGAUCCUGAAUAAAACAACGAGCUCCAUUGAAACUCAAUGGACAGAGGCGCCUCUGAUGACCGGUGCUAAUUUCUACUACAGGCUGACUUACACGUCAUCCCAGCAAUCCAACAAUACAAAUACCACAAACACCAGAAUGAACAUCUCUUCCCUGUCUUCUGGGACUUCCUACAACAUUUCUGUGAAAACUGUGGGAGAAUUGGAAUUCCAGAGUGAGAUGGUUUAUGUCUACAUGGUCACAACAAGACCACUGGCAGUGCAGGAGCUCACGGCCACUCCAGGAGAGACACACAUCACAGUCAACUGGACCAAUCCACCUGACUACAAGAACAGCUAUAAAUACUUUUUGUCCUGGAAUCAAACUAAUUCCCAAAUGCAGAACUGCACAGUUACACAAACUAUGUAUAAUAUCACUAACCUGGAACCUGGUCAGUGCUACAGUAUUUAUGUCACCACAGAGACCUCUGAUGAAACACGGGGUGCACCAGUAAUGAUCACCAAAUGCACAAAUGCAAGCCCAGUGACAAUCUUAGGCUGUCAAGGUCCAAACGACAAUACUGCACAAAUCAUCUUGUCAUGUACCACACCCCAUGGCCAACACACUGGCUUCCAGAUGAUUGUAAAUGGAAACAACAUCAGUGCAACUGCAUCUUGCAAUUAUACCAUUUCUGGCCUUAACCACAAUACUAUAUAUAAUGUGACUGUGAUAACUCUAAGCCAUGGAAAUCCCAGCAUCCCUGUGUAUCGCGAGUGCUCAACAGGCAUACCUAUCACUACUAUUGCUGUUGGUGUAUCAGUAGCAGUUUUUCUCAUUCUCUUCAGUGUCCUCAUCGCCUUUAUUAUCUACUGGAAAAGGCUAGCCAAAAAAGAAUCACCAGACAUCCAGAUUGAAUCUUUAAGAGCCAAAGUAAGUGUGGCCGUGAGUGUGGAGGACUUUGAGGCUUAUUACAAGAAGCAGAGAGCAGACUCCAACUGUGGCUUUGCAGAAGAAUUUGAGGACCUGAAGGUUGUUGGCACAGCUCAGUCAAAGUUACAUGCACUGAAUGUGGAGAACAAGCCUAAGAAUCGCUACAACAAUGUGCUUCCAUAUGACUCUUCUAGGGUGAAACUUUCCAUUCUCCAUGGAAGUCCGUCUGAUGAUUACAUCAAUGCUAACUACAUGCCGGGUUACAACUCGAGGAAGGAGUUUAUUGCAGCUCAAGGUCCUUUACCCACCACGGUCAACGAUUUCUGGAGGAUGAUCUGGGAGAAGAAUGUGCAGACUCUGGUCAUGCUGACACGCUGUAAUGAACAGGGACGAGUAAAAUGUGAGCAGUAUUGGAGUUCUGGUACCAAGCGGUGUGACAACAUCAUUGUAAAAGCAACCUCUGAAAUAACACUUGAGGACUGGACCCUCAGGGACUUUGACAUUAAAAAUGUGAAAACAGCAGAAACCCGAGCAGUUCGUCACUUCCACUUCACAGCAUGGCCAGAUCACGGGGUACCAGAAACCACAGAGCUCCUCAUCAGCUUCAGACAUUUAGUCAGAGAGCACAUGAACCAGUACUCAAAACACUCGCCCACAGUGGUCCACUGCAGUGCUGGUGUGGGGCGCACAGGUACCUUUAUAGCCAUAGACAGACUGAUUUUCCAGAUUGAAAGAGAAAAUACAGUGGAUGUGUUCGGCAUUGUUCAUGAUCUGCGCAUGCACCGACCGCUUAUGGUGCAGACAGAGGACCAGUAUGUGUUCUUAAACCAGUGUGCUUUGGACAUCAUCCGGUCGAGAACGGGGACCAAUGUGGAUCUAAUCUACCAAAACACCGCGGCAAUCUAUGAAAAUAUAGGCCCAAAAAAGGGGGCUCCCAAAAACGGAUACCACAACUCAUAGGCCCAGAAGUCCAUCAGUUCUUCCAUCUCUCUUCACUUUUAGAAAGAAACUGAGCAAAUAUCUGUGAAGGAGAGGCUGUGAGCACAUUUUCCUGGAUUUAUUUUUAUACCUUUUAGGCUUUUGAUAACAGUCAUCUAGCUUCCUGGAUUCAAACUCAGAUUAUUUGAUAUUUAUUUGUUACGAUUUAUGAAUGUUGACAGUGGACGAAACUGUACGUAGAGCUGCAAUAAUGGAUUAUGUGUCUUGGACACUUUGCUAUAAUUGUAUAUUUUUGUAUUGCUCAGAUGUUUUAUAAAUGCUUCUUAAUACUGUAUGACUCACUGAUAAUUAGAUCUUUUUGCUCAGGUAGUGUGAUGGAUGCUGUACAGGUAUUUUUGAUCAGGAAAAACUUAUAAUAACCUUUGCCUUGUAUAAAACAAAUGCUGUUAUGAAGACAGUGUGCCUUUUAAAGAGUUUUUUCCACCAGUUCACCAAUAGGUGGCACUCUUAUGUCUUCAAAUGGAAAAGACAGACAUCUGAAAUUCAGCUGUCUGUUUGUGCAUAUUUUAAGCCAACAUGAACUCUGCAAUGUGUUUAAAUGAAGGAGCCUUUUGCACAUGUAUGCACUGUAUUGUGAAUAAUGCACUGGAUGCAUUUGUCUUCUACACUGUCUACUAUGGAGAUGUUUUUUUCAGUAGCAUUAAUAUUUUGGCCAGUGCUUUGUAGACUGUUCGGAUUAUUUCUUUAUACAUACAAUACUUUUAUUACAAUUUUAUUUUUGCAAUUUUACUUGCCUCAAUAAAAAGCUCAGGAACUCAAUUAAACUAAACAUGUUCCUAGCAUCUAUGGUGUUUGUACUUUGACGAACUUAGUCCAUUUUUUUCCUUAUUUUCUACGUUGUGCAUUCCUCACGGAAACUGUAAUGUUAUGUCACUUCCUGCUACAUAUCCGAUCCUUGUAUGGAAAUACUGUGAUGUUAAAAUGGCCAGAGAAGUGCAGGCUUAAAGGACAGGAUUUUCCAUGAGGCAGAUACUUUACUUUUUUAAAGAUAAUUUAGUAAAAGAGUACGCCUGUAGAUAUUUUUUAAAACGUAUUUUUAUUUUAUCAUAGUGUAUUUAAAGCUAUUUUAAGCAUUUGGGUUUUAAAUGAAAAAUAUGUAUAAUAAUUACUAAGGUUUUAGGAUAUUUUAUAUGAUGCUUGAUGGUACAAUGUGAAAAUAUAUAUAGAAAAAGGCAAGGAUUCAAAUUUUGUAUACAUUUUAACCUGUCAUAUGAAAUGGGAUUAUAUAUAUUAUAAAUUCUGGAAAAUAGGGGCGUAAUACUCCUCUUAUUGUUUAAAUCCCUCAGCUUCAAUAUGAUUAAAGAUUCAUAUGCUUGCUUUAAUGUUA